AUGUGGCUUGCAGCAGAAAUUCUUUUAGAAGUUUUUAGCUUGCUGUCCCGUCAUGAAUUAAAGAUCAUUCGACUAGUUUCCCAUGCUUGGAAGAACUCUGCCCAAGUUCUCCUUUUCGAAAACGUCAAUCUGAAACUGACUCGUGAAAGUUUCAAACGCCUUCAAAAUAUUGCACAUCACGAGGAACUCAGCAAAUAUGUGAGGAAGAUUACCUACGACGCCAAGUUGCUCAUCUCUGGAGACCUUGAUGAGUUUCUUCGUACCGUAACCUUUGUCUCUUGGAUUCGAGUUAAAGCCACGGCUCAUGUAGGCUUUUCACAUGAAAAGCAACACGAAUACUUUUCUCAAACUACUCAGGCUAAAUUAGAAACACGUUAUCACAAUUAUCGUCGAUAUGUAAAGAGCCAAGAAUAUCUUUGUCGAAAUGGUAACGCCAACGAGAGAACGAUAUUAGCAGAUGUUUGUUCAAAGCUACCAAGACUUGUAAAUAUAUUCUACAAUAUGAACAAUGAAAUUGACGACGGAGUCUUGGACAAACCUCUCUUUGCCUCUGGUGCGUCAUUUUGGAUUCUACUACAGACAGCGUGUCUAUCAAGACAUACACAGCCACUCAGGACCAUUUCCGGGCGGUUCAAUUCUUACGGCAUGACUGACAAUCAUUGGUUUGUUCAUUGCAGAGAUUGGGACGCUCUCAAAGAAUGGAACAAAGCUUGCGGAUCAUUUAGUGACCCCUCUAAUGCAAUAUCGGCACUUCAUAACCUUACCCUGGAGUUCGAGUACGGGCGCCCGAACUCAGCACCAGAGGAUGUAUCGCAGGUUGCAGGCUUGAUUAGUCGUGCAAAGUCUCUGAGAUUGCUACACCUUUCCUUCGGACGGACUAUCGAGGGCUAUCAGUCAUCCAGUAUCAUCGUUCACCUAUCCAGAGUCAUCGACGAUUGCAUGUAUUGGGAACACCUUGAGAUGCUUUCACUACAAGCAAUAGCUACGAGCGAAAAGUCUUUGAAGAGCCUUUUGAAGAGGCAAUCUUCCUCGCUUCGCCGCUUAGAAUUAUCGUGGAUAAUACUCGAGGAUUCAGCCGACUCUGCUGACGAUAAGAAAUGCUCCUGGAUCAGUGUCAUAGAAUUUUUACAUAAUGAAUUGUCGCUGGAAAACAUAAAGUUUGAUGGUCAUCUGAAGGCAGGAAUUAUAGACACAGAGUUUCCUUGGAGCGAAGAUUGGCGUACUCAAAGUGAGGCCCAGGCUAUCAACGAGAAGUCGUUUCCAGGGCUCUCUACGAGGCUCUACUAUUCUGAAGAUUGUUUAAAAUAUCGCAUCGAGCGCUUCGUCACUCAUCGCGGUCCAAGCCCCUUUCAAAAGAAUCCGGGUCCACGAAUGGAAUACGGACGCUAUGAUAUACCUGUGGUAGAGCAGGGUCGACUUAGGUAUCCUACGUGGGUUGCUCAUUUCAUUGAUGAGGACAUUUCGUGGAGUUGGCGGGGAACUUUCUUAUUGAACUCAUGGCGCAAAAUGACUCCUGAACCCGGUCGAGAUAGUCUCGGUGAGUUCAGAGGUCGCAGGAAUGCUAUAAUACCUCUGCUAGGCUGUCGAAGUGGUUUCACCAACGCAUAUACACAGGACGUCCUUCACGUACUAAGGUGGGCAAUUCGCUCCAAAUGUCCUGAGUUUGUUGAAGACCUGUGGAAAGAUCCAAGAAUUUUGGUCAAUAGAAAGCUUGAUGUUGACGGGACCAGGCCACUAUUUUGGGCGCUAGAUGAACAUUUCGAUGAGGAGACCUUUCAAUGUCUGCUUGAUUGGCCUAAAGUAGAUGUCAACUUACAAGACGCGGAGAGAAACACGCCACUCUCAUUGGCUAGCCAGGAAGGAAACGCUAGAGCAGUCGAGUUGCUAUUGAAAAACGGCGCGCUGACGGAGUUGGAAGGUCAAUACGGAAAAGGACCCCUUAUGCAAGCUGUAGUGCACAAUAAACAAGACGUGGCGAGACGGCUAUUGCAAGCGGGCGCAUCCAUUGAUCGUGACACUUGCGAAGGCCAUGAUGGAGCUAUUCACGUCGCGAUAAAAACGGAUCAGAAUUUGGUAAAAUUGUUGCUGGAGUACAAAUUGAAUAUUGAGUGCAAAGGUGACAGUGGCAAUACACCACUCAUCGUAGCAACGAAAGAAGAUGAUCUUCAAACAGUCGAACUUUUGCUUACUCGAGGUGUCAGCACCGAGGUUUCAAACGACGCUUGUGAGACUCCUUUUCAAGUAGCAGUCCAAAACGGGAACGUGAAAAUUGCUCUAGUGUUACUCAAGCAUAAUGCAAGUACAGAUAAGUGGAGUGAUAGUCGAGACACGCCUCUUCGAUAUGCACUUCGAUGUGGGCAUGAGACGUUGGCCAAAGUUUUGCUGCUACAAAUAAACGCUGACUCAAAGUUGCAAAAUCGAUUGUGGACUGAAAACGAUCUGCACCUUGCAGUUACGUCUGGUCUCGAGGAUGUUGUUAAGCUCUUGUUACAGCCGCCAUUAAGAGACAAAUUGGAUCUGGAGUUGAAAAAUGUAAAUGGCGAGACAGCUCUGAUGCUGGCAAUGCACUCUUUGAAUGAACCCAUAAUCUACUCGUUGAUCGCAGCAGGUGCAGAUACUCAUGUUUGUGAUCGAAGCGGCAAAACGGCGAUAGAGUUAGCUAUACUGCAUGAACGGCAUGAACUAGCGAAGAGUUUGCAGCUUUUCGGCAAUCAAAACAAACAAGUCGAUCAAUUAGGCGAUCCGCAUCUUAUUAUAGCGCUUAAAUUGCACAGGGACAAGAAAAUGCCAACUUCUAAAUGGCUGAAGCUUGUGGAAGAUGUGCUGAAAGCUGGAACUGAUGUUAAUCGACUUGGGGGGCGAGAUAUAUCCGCUCUCCACGUGGCUGUUCAACGCAGGGACAUAGCGUUGAUUCAACUGCUUCUGUCUCGUGGAGCGGAGGUAGAUACUAUAGACGCGAACGAGUGUACACCACUACUAGACGCUGUUCAAAAUGGCUCGGGUGGAAAGGAGCUGGAAGAAGUUCUACUGAAAAAAGAUGCCAAAGUCAACGUGGAAGGUGGCAAAUAUGGUUACCCGCUUCAAGCAGCAGCAGCGGCUUGGAGCGGAGAAGAGGUGGUUGAGAUGCUGUUGUCAGCGGGAGCCAAUGUCAACGCGUAUGGAGGGUUACAUGAAACGGCAGUGCACGCGGCUGUAAUUUGUGGCCGUAUCAAGGUGCUGAGAUUACUGCUCGAGGAUAGAAGCUCUACCGCUGACCUCGAAUUGAAAGACGAUCACAACCGAACGGUCCUUCAAUCGGCCAUAGCUAGCGGCGACAAGGCAGUAAUUGACAUGGUAUUAAAGCAUGGAGCAAAUAUCGAGGCGUUGGAUAUGGAGGGAAGAACACCACUUUUGGCAGCUGUGAAUAAUGAGGAUGAAGAACUAGUUGAGCUCCUUUUGCGAUAUGAAGCCUCAACGAGAGCGAAAGAUACGAAGGGGCGGACUCCAUUUUUGAUCGCAAUCGAGAAGGAUCUCGAGUCAAUUGCAGAGCUAUUGAUGUCUACCUCGGACGUGAAUGUACAAGGUGGAGUGUAUGGGUCGGCGCUGCGAGCGGUAAUGUAUAAGGGCAAUAGACGGGUGGUCAGAAAGCUGAUGGAUGCUGGUGCGAAAGUAGACGCGGCUGUCGAAGAAAUCGACUGA